AUGGAUCUUUUCGGCAGAACACCCACAGUGACGUCGGAGCAAGAGCCAGCAGCAGGACAGAGCUGCCAGGUGACAGCGCCUCUGACAUGCACGGAGUGCCCCAGGAGCUACUGUGCCGCCGACAUAUCCACACCGACUGCGAGUCCGAAAUCGGGCUCCUCUCCCAGUACCGGUGCCAUUGCCGGCGGUGUCGUCGGUGGUGUCGCCGUCAUUGCCAUCGUGACCUACCUCGUCUGGCGAUUCUGUAUCAAGGCCAAGAGACAGCAGAUCUCCAAGGCCGAGGAGGACGGCCAGAUUGACCGAUCCAUCGAGGCCGAAGACUCGUUCAACGCCCGCCGCAACCAACGUGCCUCGACGCACACCGUCCACUCAAUUGCUUCGACCGUCCUCACACGGGCAUCAAACAUCAUCCAGAUCGCGUACAUUCCGGGUGUUAUGAACCGCCCCUCGCCAACCUCGCCGACUGUUCUCGUCCCGCCCGUCCCGCCCAUCCCCAUAGCAAUUUCGAACUCGUCGCAGGCUAGCACGCCCGCUGGCACUGAAGAGCAGCACUUCUUCGUUCCUGGCGACCUUCGUGACUCGACCUACUCUGGCUACUCUGGCUUCACCGACCGGACGUCGUACGCGCGGACGUCGUACGCCCCACGCUCCAGCAUCGCCUCGACCAUCUACGGAAAGAACGCCGUGAUAGUGCCGCCACCCCAGACCGGCAUGAGAAUCAAGCCAACUAUGGUGAACCUCAAGUCGCCGAGCAAUCUUGGCCCGAACGGCUUCGUCGCCCCGCCCGUGCCCAGUGUCGACUACGAGAAGUAUAAAGGCGCUGCCAACACCAACGGCAGCAACCUCCGGCCUGUUAGCGCUGCCAACAGCACGUUCAGUGUCGGCUCCACCUUCCUCAACAAUGCCAGUGCAGCCACCGCCAUGCCAGCGCGCCCCGUUGUUGUCCGCGUUGGAAACGGUCCUAAGAAGCCGUCGAGCUCAGGCAGCGGUGCUGCUGCAGGCGGCGUGGCCGCCACCACUUCUGAAACCGAGAUUCUUCCCACUCACCAGGAGGCCAGAGAAAGCGUUUCUUUGAUCUCUCCUGUCCGGGAACGCUUCUCGACCUCAACGGCAACCUCGACCAAGACAGGCCACGAGUCAAAGGCCGUGACCAUCAUUGAAGACUCUCCUACCCCCGACCAAGGCCCCUUCUCUGACCCUCCCGCAUCACCAAGUGGCUCCAGCCGAACUGGCCGUAGCCUGAGCGCCGUCAUUGAAGAGGCCACAAGGCGUGCGUCUCAAAGGGUCACCACCGCCACAUCUGUGGAGCGUGGACGGAGUCCCUUUGGUGACGAGAACGCGACGCAUGACAUCUAA